AUGACUCCUCAUCAAGGGGGGGUUAACACGGAAAACAGCAAUCCAUCUGGUUCUCAGCAGCGGGCCUUGGAUGGUCGUGCCGUUGCCGUCGUUGAUGGGGUCGCCCAGCCCGCCGUUGGCCAGAUCCUGCUGCGGGGCGUUGGUACUGGGUACCUUUUAAUUGAAUACAUUGAAGAGACAAGGGGGAAAAUGCUCUCAAGCACGUGGUUUGAGAAGCAUGAGGAUGUCAAGCUACGAACCAACUUCUUCCGUGAUCUUUCUCGGAUUCUGUUGAGUCUCGCGCGUAUACCUCUACCAAGGAUUGGGUCUUUUGUGGUUGACAAUGAUGGAUUUUUACAAUUGACGAAUCGACCACUCACGCUUGAGAUUCAGGAGUUGGAAAAUGAGGAAAUUGCGACAGAUAUACCACGAGACUACACCUAUUUAAUGGUAGAUUCCUACAUUACAGAUGUCCUUGCGUUUCACGACAAUCGCCUCCGAUAUCAACCAAACGCAAUUAAUGAUACAGGUGACUAUAUUUAUCAAGCCUCAGCACUAUCAGCGAUGCGAGCGAUUUUCCCCUUAUAUUUCCAGCGAAAAUUCCGUCGUAGGCCUUUUAUAUUUACGUUGACAGAUCUCCAUCAAAGCAACAUCUUUAUUGACAAAGACUGGCAUAUUGUCUCUCUGGUGGACCUCGAAUGGGCAUGUUCUCAGCCAAUCGAGAUGUUUCAGCCCCCUUACUGGCUCACAAAUAAAGCAGUCGACCAGAUAGAUUCCGAGGAAUACGAUAAGAUUCGGACAGAAUUCCUGGAUAUUCUAGCCGCCGAAGAGGAGCGAUCUGACGGCACUGGAUUCCGAGACCUGAAACUGUCAUCUCUCAUAAAGCAGGCAUGGAAGAUGGGCACCUUCUGGUGCAGUCUUGCGCUGUCUAGUCCAACAGGUCUCUUCGCCAUCUUUGAGAAACAUCUUCAGCCUCAACUCUUGAGAAAUGUCCAGACCAUGGUGCUUUCCAUCAGAUUAUGCCUUGGUACUGGGCGAAAGACGUCGUGGGCAUUUUGGCACGGAAACUGUCAGAUAGGAAGGAAUAUGAUGAACGGCUUCGAAAAGCGUUUGACGAUGACGUUCUGGAGGAUUAACAAUUCCUGA